AUGUUUAACCCGGGAGACGGGAGAGAGGUUAAAAAUGAUUUUUAUACAAAUGCCAAUCUUGAUAAAGAAAAUGUUAUUCAAUUAUUAAAAACCAUAAAAUCAAUAUUACCGCAACCUAAUCUAAUGCCAACAACAUGGAAAGGUAUAUUGAAAGUAUUAGGUGAAUGGAAUGCAACAUAUAAAAUGAUUUUAUAUCCAUACAAUGGUAAUGAUUAUACAGCACGUACACAUGAUGGAUAUGUAAAAGCUGCUCAGGAAGCUGUUAAACAAUCAAGUGGUGGUCGAGAAGUUGCUGUUGAUGGUAUUAAAGGUUUAUCAGCUUUAUUAGAAAUAUUUUCCUAUCCAUCACAAAUUGUGUUUGAUUACAUGCACUUAGUAUAUAUUGAUGAUGAAUUAAAGCAAAUACGUUUACCACAUAAUAUGAAAGUUAAUUAUCUUGAUUCAGUUACUGCUGUAGAUCAAUGGAAAGCAAAAAAUUCAAGAUUAUUCGUAUUAUAUGUUGGUGUUUCAAUUUGUGUUAGUCAUUUACCACUAUUAUAUGCUUCUCAUUUUGUUAUUUACUCAAUAGCCAUUAAAUUAUUACAUGCACCAGCAACGGAUGAUGAAAUAGAUCUUGCCAAUCAAUUGAUCCAUUAUUAUUGUAAAACAGCACCAUUACUAUCCGUACCAAAUGGUCGUGCAGUCGGUUGCUUUUUGAAUAACUCCUCGCGGGAGAUAGAUAAUGAAGUGCGGUUUUCAGCAUUAGAAAGAAGACAUUUGAAGACAUCUUUUCAUAAGCGGAAUCGAGUUUUCAAAAAAUUUCUCAAGUCGGUUUUCUAA